AUGGGUAAAGGUAUCUCACUUGAAAAUCUUCCAGUGGAUUUACAGCAUAAGGGUGUCACUCAAGAUGAAAGUACUGCCGAUAAAUUGAGCCAAUUACCAUAUGAACGAUUACAAGCUAUCCUCGAUAAAGUACCAGAAGAAGACCUUGAAGUCAAGAAGUUACUUUUGCUUCUGAAAAAACCGGAAGUAGUAGAGAAUGAAGACGUACAACAAAGAAGGAUACGACUAGCCGAAGUGCUGAUGACUAAUAAAACUGAUCCCGCCGGCCCAGAAAGUAUGGAAGACUUAGACACUGAAGAGGAUGAUGAGGAAGAUGAUGAGGAAUUUUAUACACCAGCAACAUCUGAACUUAUUUUCAUGAGAAAGUCGUUGGUGAAGUAUUCGCUAGACAGAUCUCAAAAAAGGUUACAAAUAGAGAUGCAAAAACACCAAAAUUUUAACGCGAGGCAAGAACUGCUUAGUCGACGUGCAGAACUAAAGCGCAUGUCAAAUUUAGAGCUUGCUGGUUCUCAGUUAAUAUCUACGAGGCCUCUAUCAGCAGUUUCUUUAUCACCAGAUGAUAUGACUGUCGCAACAGGAAGUUGGGCAGGUGAUAUUCGAGUAUUAAAUUCUCAAACACUGCAGCCGUUAGCACAGAAGCUGGAUCCUCACAAAGGGAAAAUCGGGGCCGUUCAAUGGCACCCUGAAUCAAACAAUCAAAUAAUUUCAUGCGCAGAAGACGGACAUAUCAAAAACUUCCAAUACUCAAAAGAGGAAGGUGAAAUAAAACUAUUGGGAGAUCUUGUAGGUCACGAAAGGCGUGUUUCCGAUGUGAAAUACCACCCUAGUGGUAAACUUAUAGGUAGUGCCUCUCACGAUAUGACUUGGAGACUUUGGGAUGCAUCCACAUAUCAAGAACUGUUACUGCAAGAAGGCCAUACUGAGGGCGUAUUUAGUCUGUCUUUCCAAUGCGAUGGAUCUCUUGUUUGCAGCGGCGGAAUGGACACCUUAUCGAUGAUAUGGGACAUUCGAUCCGGAAAUAAGGUCAUGACCCUAACGGGUCAUUCGAAGCCUGUCUACACGGUAGCUUGGUCAACAAAUGGAUAUCAAGUUGCAACUGGUGGCGGUGAUGGAUUGAUUAAUGUUUGGGACAUCAGGCAACGGGAUGGGGGCCAAGUAAGCCAAAUACUGGCGCACCGUAACAUCGUUACCCAAGUACAGUUCUCAAAGGGCGAUGGCGGAAAAAAAUUAGUGUCUAGUGGUUAUGAUAAUUUAAUCAAUGUAUAUAGUAGUGAUACCUGGUUGAAAGUGGCAAGUUUGGAAGGUCAUACUGAUAAAAUCAUAAGUUUGGACGUUUCAAACGAUUCUCAAUUUCUAGUGAGCGGCGGCUGGGAUAGAUCUAUCAAACUUUGGAAUUGA